CUCCUCGUGUUGUCGUUCGAAUUUGUUGCUGUUAGGAAAACACGUUUUCCGUCGCAGUAUCAAACAUUCAAGUUUAAUAUUAGUUUUUACUUACAUUUUAAGUAGAAAUUCGAUUUGUUAGAGAUAAUAACUAUUUGAAUCGUUCACUACACCAUGGGUAAAAAAGGAAAGGUUGGAAAGGAUAGGCGAGACAAGUUCUACAAACUUGCCAAAGAAACUGGUUAUCGUUCCCGAGCUGCCUUCAAACUAAUCCAGUUAAAUCGGCGUUUCGGUUUUCUCCAGCAGUCGCAAGUAUGUAUCGAUCUGUGCGCAGCGCCGGGUGGCUGGAUGCAGGUUGCUAAACAAAAUAUGCCCGUUUCAAGUGUCGUCAUCGGAGUAGAUCUGUAUCCCAUCAAAAGUGUACCUGGGUGUAUCAGUUUGGUGGGUGACAUCACUAGCGACAAGACCAGAUCGGAUUUGGCUAAAGAGUUAAAAACCUGGAAGGUAGACGUCGUAUUGAAUGACGGUGCCCCGAAUGUCGGCCGAAACUGGCUGUUUGAUGCGUACCAGCAGGUUUGUCUGACGUUGAGUGCGGUCAAACUGGCCACACAUUUCCUGCGCCCUGGCGGAUGGUUUAUUACAAAAGUUUUUCGCUCAAAAGAUUACAACGCACUGAUUUGGGUGCUCAAGCAGCUUUUUAAGAAAGUACAUGCCACAAAACCGUCGGCCUCCAGAAAUGAAUCAGCGGAAAUAUUCGUUGUCUGUCAGCACUAUCGAGCACCGGAUAAAAUUGAUCCUAGGUUCUUGGAUGCGAAGUACGUUUUCGAGGAACUCGACGUUGAACCGCAGAUUAAGGUCAAUUUGUUAAAGCAAGUCGAGAAAGCCAAGAAACCAAAGGUGGAAGGUUAUGACGGGGUGGACGUUCGAAAGAUUGUUAGUGCGGCCGAGUUCGUUAAAACGGACAAACCAUUGGCCUUGUUAGGACAAAUCACGGAAAUCAAGUUUGAUGAUGAUUCUAUACGAAAUCAUCCCCGCACCACAACGGAAAUUCUUGAAUGUUGCAAAGAUAUCAAAGUACUGGGAAGGAAGGAUUUAAGUGACCUACUUAAGUGGCAAAAACUGCUGAACAAGGAAUUGUUUCCACAGAAAGAGGGCGAUGGAAAAGACGUGAAGGAAAAGGACAAGAAAGCGUUGAAACUGAGUGAUAAAAUCGAUCAUCAGGAAUCGGAGGAUGAAGAUCCGGACGAAGACACAGUGGAGCUUAAGAACAUCGAAAAGGAGAUUGCCGCCCUACAAAAAGAGGAAGAGCAGGACAGUAGACGAAAGCGUAAAAAGGCCAAUAAAGAGCGAGCCAAACUAAAUGAAAAGCUCAGUCUAAAAAUGGUCAUAAAAGGCGAUGAAGGACCAACGGAACAGGCAGACGCGAUGGUGUUCACACUGGACUCAGUAAAAAGUAACAAAGAAAUAGAUGUGCUGCUGGAUGCCCCACCGGAAAUUCUGGCGCAUCCUUCUUUCCACGAUGAUGACGAUGAUGGUAUUCCAAAAAAGAAACAAAAAUAUGUCAAGUACGAUAAGGAAACCAAGGGGGAUUUGUUUGAGGAUGAAAAAAUUUUGGCGCAAAAAGCGGACGAUGAAGAUAGCAAUGCGGAUCUGGAUCGAGCUGGGCUCGGUUUCACAGAGGAUGAUGAUCUUCAGAUGGAAUCUUAUGAGAACGAUGACGCCGUUAACAGUGAUGAUCCAGAUGGAGGCAAUCCACUGCUUACCGAUUUGGACUAUCGCGAUAAGGAUGAAAAACGCCGAUCAAAAGCUCAGCUGUGGUUCCAAAAGGACUCCUUCAAAAAUAUGCUUGAUGGCGAAGAUAAGGCACUGGAUUACGAUCUGGAUCGGCUUACGGAAAUGUACAAAAAUUCCGGCGUCCAGGUAAUCGGUGGGGACAAACCAAAACAAGACGACCCAGACCGUCCACUUGGUAAGAAAGCACGACGAAGGGCGCGCCAUGAUGCGGCUAAAGAAAGCUCCUCAUCGGAUGAUUCCGAUUCGGAGGCAGAAGCUGGUGGGGACGAAAGUUUCCAUCAUCAGACGGUGGAAAAGGUUGGAGGAAAGGAUGGUUUUGAAGUGGUCUCCUCGGAAAAGCGACCGAAAAAAAUAAAGCUAAAUGAACAGGAACUGGCGCUGGGUCAGCUGCUUAUAUCGGGCAAGAAAACUCGUCGCGAUCUGAUCGAUGCCGCGUGGAAUCGGUACAUGUUUAACGACACCAAUCUGCCCGAAUGGUUCGUCAAAGACGAAGAGCGAACGAUGAAGAGGGAAGCUCCGGUUCCACACGAGGUUGCCGGUGUCUAUAAGAAGAAUUUGGAAGAGAUGAAUGUACGAUCGAUUAAGAAAGUGAUGGAAGCAAAGGCCCGCAAGAAGAAGCAUGCCGCCAAGCGGUUGGAGAAAAUUAAGAAGAAAGCAGAAACUAUUAUGGAAAACGUGGACAACACAAAUCAGGAGAAGAUUCGACUGCUGAAAAAAUUGUACAAAAAAUCGGAUGCCAAAAAACGGGAGGUUACGUACGUUGUCGCUAAGAAAGCGGGCGCCGGUGGUAAGAAGGUUCGUCGUCCGAAGGGCGUUGAAGGUCGCUUCAAAGUUGUUGAUCCGCGUAUGAAAAAGGAUCGCCGUGGAGAGGAAGCCAAAACGCGACGCUCUGCUAAGAAGGGUGGCGCUAAAUCAAAGGGCGGUAAAGGUGCAAAGAAAGGGGUCAAACCGAAAGGCAAGCGGGCCAAGUAAGGAAUGGUUGAGUUUUCGAGUGAAACUUUUUUUGUAACUAUCAGAAAUAAAUAUUGGAAAUUUAUGGUUGCUUUUAUACAUCUCC